UGUUCGUUGACUCUGACGUGGUGUUUUGUGACAGGGUAAGGCGUAAACACUAUAAAACACAGGACCAAGUUGGAUAUCGGCACUCGCCAGGAAUAUUCUAAACCUUGUUUCACAGGAACUCAUCGUUUCGGUGAAGAGGUUAUACAAGAUGCUUCUUCAAUUACUAUUUCUGAGUUCGCUAGUCUCUCUAUCUUCACAAAGUUGUGGACUGCGUAAAGUAAAAGGCGAUGUACGAAAAUAUGAACAAUUUGUAAAUGGCGUCGGAUGGAAGGACAUGUGGUGUGCAAUUGGAACUGGCUUUAGUGAUCAAGAUUGCGACUGUACAAUCAGAGUAUCAGGCGGUUUUGGAGGCUAUGCAGGAGCAGGCGCAGCUGCAAGUGCAUCAGCAUCUGCAGGUGCUGCCGCAGGUGGAGGUGGAGUUGGAGGCGGUGUUGGAAUUGGAGUUGGAACUGGUGUCGGAGUCGGAGGUGGUGUCGGAGGUGGUCUCCUAGUAGGAGGUGGUGGUGGUGUCGGAGGUGGAGCCUUAGAUCUGGGUUCAUACCUUGGUGGAGCCAUAAGUGGUGCUGCUGCUGCCGCAGCUGCCGCUGCCAGCGCUGGUGCUGGUGGUUUUGGUGGUCUUGACGCAGAAGAUGUUAGAUUAGCAGCACUUCUCUCAGGUGGAGGUGGUGCCGGUGCUGGUGCUGGUGCUGGUGCUGGAGGAGUAGGAGGACUUGGAGGACUUGGUGGAUUAUUGGGAGGAGGAGGUGGCGGAGGAGGUGGCGGAGGAGGUGGUGGUGGUGGUGGAGGCGGUGGAUUCGGCGGAGAUGGCGGUGAUAAUGGCGAUGGUGGAGAUGACUCUAGUUCUAGUUCAGAUGACUCUAGCUCUAGUUCAGAUGACAGUUCAAGUGACAGUAGUGAGGAUUAUGAUGAAAUUGCAGCCGAACUCGGUCUAGGCGGUGGUGAUAUUGAUGAGCUUCUUGCAUCAUUAGGUGGUGGAGCUGGUGGAGCCGGUGGAGCUGGUGGAGAUGGAUUUGGUUAUGGUUAUGGUGGAGCCUUAGAUAUGGAUUUAGGAGAUCUUGAAGAAUUAUUAGGAGGACUUGAUAACAUUGAUCUUGAAGAUGCUGCAGUUUUGGCUGCUCUUGGUUUUGGUGGUGGAAAUGGACUUGGCGGCGGAAGUGCCGCAGCUGCAGCAGCAGCAGCAGCUGCAGGAGGAUUUGGAGGCGGAAGUGCCGCAGCUGCAGCAGCAGCUGCAGGAGGACUUGGAGGCGGAAGUGCCGCAGCUGCUGCAGCUGCUGCAGCAGCAGCUGCCGGAGGACUUGGAGGCGGAAGUGCAGCAGCAGCAGCAGCCGCAGCCGCAGCUGCAGGAGGAGCUGGUGGUUUUGGUGGUUCAAGUGCAGCAGCUGCAGCCGCAGCAGCCGCAGCUGCAGGUAGACGGGCAGCAGCAGCAGCCGGUGCUAGUGCCGCUGCAGGCGGUUCUGGUGGAACUUUAAGAUCAAGGCUUCUUUCUAGAAUUAUUGCUCGACGACAAUCGGCAGCAAGUGCCGCAGCAGCUGCAGCUGCCUCUGCAUCUGGUGGAGGUGGAGCAGGAGGUGGAGCAGCCGCAGCCGCAGCAGCAGCAGCAGCAGCUGGAGGAGCAGGAUCAGGAUCUGGAGGAGCAGGAGGUGCAAGUGCAGCCGCAGCAGCAGCAGCAGCCGCAGCAGCCGGAGGUUCAGGUGGUGGAGCUGGAGGUGCUUCAUCUGCAGCUGCUGCCGCAGCAGCAGGAGGUCGUUCAGGUUUAAUCAGAUGGUUGAUAGCAAGACGUGCUGCCGCUAGAGCAGCUGCUUCAGCUGGAGCUAGUGCUGGAGGUGCUGGAGGUGCUGGUGGUGCUGGUGCUGGUGGUGCUGGUGGUGCUGGUGCUGGUGGUGCUGGUGCUGGUGGUGCUGGUGCUGGUGGUGCUGGUGCUGGAGGUGCUGGUGGAGACGGUGCUGGUGGAGCUGGUGGAGACGGCGAUUGCGAAUCUUCAGAUUCAGACUCAGGAUCUGAUUCUAACUCUGAUAAUGAUACUGACAGCUCCGACAGCGACACUGGAAGCGAUGCAUCGGAUUCUGACUCUGGUUCUGACCCAGAUGGUGAUGGGGAUUCCGAUAGUUCUGGAACUUCAGAAAGUUCUGAAAGUAGCGACAGUGAUUACUCAAGUGACGAUGAUGAAGAGGAAAGCGAGAGUGAUGACAGUUUCCGAUCAGCAGCCAAAAUAAUUAUUCAGCUUCUAACCAGACUUUUGAUGUCCGGAGGAUUAGGUGGUGCUGGAAGUAGUGCAUCUGCCAGUGCCAGUGCAGGAGCAGCUGCAGGUGGAGCAGGAGGAGCUGGAUUAGGAUUUGGUGGUUGGGGAGGUGCUGGUGCGGGUGCUAGUGCUGCCGCUGCCGCUGCUGCUAGUGCAGGCGGUUUCGGUGGAGUUGGUGGAUAUGGAGGAGGAGCAUCAGCUCAAGCAUUUGCUGCUGCAUCUGCAGCAGCCGCUGCAGCCAGAAGAGCAAAACUUCUUAAUUUGUUGUUUUCAAGAUCAUCAGCAUCAGCAGCUGCAAUUGCCGCAGCUUCAGCUUCAGCAGGAGCAGGAGGCAGAUUUGGAGGAAGAUUUAGUGGAAGUCGAGCUGCUGCAGGAGCAUCUGCCAGUGCUGGAGCUAGUGCAGGAGGUAAUGAUGGUGGUUCAUCGAGUGCUGCCGCCGCCGCUGCUGCAGCUGCUGCAGCUGCAAGAAAUGCUAAUCUGAGAGGCUGGUUGGUUGCCAGUGGUGUAGGAGCAGGAGCUGGUGCUGGAUCCGGUGCUGGAGGUUUUGGCACAGGAACUGGUGCUGGAUCCGGUGCUGGAGGUUUUGGCACAGGAACUGGUGCAUCUGGUGGAGGAGGUAGUGGUGGAAGUGGAGGUUCCGGAGGUAGCGGAAGCAGUGGUAGCUCCAACAAUAAUGAUGGAAAUAAUGAUACUUCUAACAAUGGUGUCAAAUUGUAUGCUUAUGACUAUUAUAAAGACGAUAAUUCAAAAAGUUCAGGAUAUGAAAAUUCAAAAUAAAUAACCAUAGAUGUUCAUGUUAUCAUUUACCUCUACAAUUCUAAAAUUAUAUUCAAUAGUCAAAUCCGUUUGUUACGGAGUACAAUGGUCUCGCUGUCCCUAUUAACAAUGUUUGAGAAUAUAACUGAACGAUAGUUAAUGAAGCAAUCCAUCAUUGUGGAUAAACAUCGAUCUACAGAAUAUUGUGAUUUUUGUAUGUAUUUAUUGUUGUUAAUCAAAGGCCUUGUGUGUUGUUUUAUUUGUGCGAAUAUUUUCGUAUAAUAAAUGAAUAAAAUUAUCCCAUAUUGGUA